CUGUCAGUCUCCGCAGUUGAGCCAAUCACAAACCAGUCAAAUCCCCAACGAGCCAAUCAGAAGCAGAGCCAGAGAGAUGCUGCAGUACCCGGAUGAAAUCGAAUACACAGAGCAUCCUCCGCUGCAGAAGACAUCCCUCCGAUAUACAACAUUAGAAAUGGGGCGCAGGAAGUCAAAGAGAAAGCCACCUCCAAAGAAAAAAAUGACGGGUAACCUGGACGUCCAGUUCACCUGCCCGUUCUGCAACCACGAGAAGUCCUGCGAUGUCAAAAUGGAACGAACCCGAAACACAGGAAUUAUAUCGUGCAGUGUUUGCUUGGAGGAGUUCCAGACUCCUAUAACCUAUCUGUCGGAGCCAGUGGAUGUUUACAGUGAUUGGAUCGAUGCCUGUGAAGCAGCCAAUCAAUAGCUGUGUCUUCCUGUGACUCGCCUUCUCUCUAACCUCACUCGCUUGUAUUUCACCCCAGUGACUGGUCCAAAUAAAUUACUGUUCAGCCAGCACAGUGUAGCAAAAUCUGCACAAAGAACAGAAGCAUUACGUUUUUGCGUGACAGUUUAGUUUUGCUACAGUGUGGCUCGCUGAGCGUGACACGUCCCCCUGGCUGGGCCAGAGGCUGCCAUGUUGUUUUGUCUACAUCCCAGUUCUCAGUGUAAAAGUUUUUCUUUUUUGUGUAGUUUGUUUUCAUUAUUUUUGGACUAAAUAUUUAAGAUUUAAAAUGUAACUGACUAAACCCCAUCAGUGUCAAACAUUCCACCUCCUUCGGUAUUCUUUGUGUGUAUGGAUAAAAACUAUAAGUUGCUAUGACAGGUCGUUGUUUAGUUUCCAACCUGCCUCUAACAAUGCACUGAAACUAUUUGUUGGUCGACACGUUUCUUUGAACUGCCAAAUCUUUUCCAACCUUUGUUUUUUUUUUUACACCAGUAUAUAUUUGUUCUGUUGUCAUGCAGUUUCUAUUUCACUACUUCUGUGUACCUCACAUCGACUGUGUAUUUUUAGGUAAUGACAGUAAUGAGAAAAUUAAAUCAGAACCGUA